CAAAAGAGCAGGGGCAGGGGCCGUUAUGAAUACACCAUCCAUUCUAGGUCGGCGUCAGAAGCAGCAGCAGCAAAGUCACAUAGCCCACGGCGAGCCAUUUGAUUCCGCCACGUGGUCACGCAUGACUCACGGAAAAGGCAAUCUUCUCCCAUUCCGAAAGCUAGCAGCAGUAGCAGCAGCAAGCAUGGGAGUUGGAUACCCUCGGUUUCUUCAUUCAGCUCGCGAAGGUACAUCCACUCCGCUGCCAUCGUUUUCCUCUGGGCAGCGUAUCUAGGAGUAAAAGCCAAAAGCGAAUGAAAAAGCAGUUGCAGCUUGACGAACGUGAAGGGAGCGACGACGACGACAGCGAUGGCCAAGGUGAUAUUUUCGGUGGCGGUGCAAGCGAAGUCGCUGCUGCAGACCAUAGCAACGAAUUCCACUCACUGAUCUCGACGUCAGCCGCACAUGAUGACGGACCGAGCCCGCGUGACAUGGCUCUCAUGUGCAUCUCCUCAUUCAAAGACGUACGGCGGUUUUACGGGCAAAUGUCAGUCUUGUUGACCUGCAUGUGCCUGGAAGCCUGCACGCAGAAGUGUGCGGUUCUUUUUCAACGGGUCCUUGUGCAGAAAGAACAGCGCAGCCUCAUUGACGCGCAGCAAUGGCGGCACGAUGUCGUCAAGCAACCACCUGGACGAUUGGAACAACACGUCCACGUCAUUUGUGAAUCUUCAGUCCCCGCCUGCGGCGUCCGCAUUUCGGGAGGAAGAAACGGUGAGCCCACAACUCAUGGUGAAGCACCAGAACUCUUCGUCUCAAAGUUCGAUCCGCGCGGCCACCAUCAAAAUUGUACCAACACUCGUCUCUAAUUCACAUUGAACAUUGUAGAUGUCCUCGCCGUGAACGCCGACGCUGCCUUACAGUGGAACGAUUUCUCUAUUCAAGGUGAAAGUACAUGAGAGUCUUUCUGAUUUUUCUGUAUUGACGAAGCCUGCUCAAGCCCAAGGAAGAACGUGGCA